GCCGCGGGCCUCUCGGAAGCAGCGCUCCCACAAUGCCCUGGGCCCCGCUCGGCAGUCGCGCUGCCUCUGAGAAAAAAAUGUGAGGUUGGUACUAAGAAGUGCCUUUCCUGACGUCUCUGCUGCUUGGAACCGCUUCUAGAGCAGUGUCUGCUUUUGCCUUGCUUGCUGCCAGCUAGACUGUGACGACAGCACAUCCACCCUCCACCUCUAGCCCAGACACCCCCAUUUCUACUUAUAAUCAAGAGAAAAGCUCUAAGUAUCUGGCAUUGCCCUAGGCUGCUUUAGUUUUAAGAGAAAAGUUUGCUGAAAAAGUAAGAUAUCUUCUGCCAGGAAAUCAAGGAGGAAAAAAAAAUCAUUUUCUCGAUUUUGCUCUAAACUGCUGCAUCUGUCUAUGCCAAACUAAUCAAUACCGAUUGCACCACCAAACUCCAUUGCAAAUUCAGCUGCGAGGAGAUUCCCUUUCAGACAACUUUGCUGAAAGCAGCUUGGAAAAUCGGUGUCCAAGGGUCUGCCACGUUUUCAUGCUUGCAUUUUGGGCUCAAAAUUGGCAUUGGGAAGGGGUUACUGAGAGCACAAGGCUGAUUCGAGGCCCUACUUUUAAACGGUCAUCUGCUUAAGAUCCUAGUAUUUCUCUAAAAACCAAAACCUCUUUGAAUUAACAGUUUCAUGCUGUGAAUUUCUAGUGGGAGAUCUUUUCCUUGAUAUUGACAACACAAUUUUCCAUGUACUUUUAAAGCAGGGAGUGGGGGAAAAGUAUUUUGAAGGGGACGUUUUCAGCAUCAUUUUACAGUUUUAUCAGUUCAGCUUUUUUUUUUUUUUGGUUGCUUUUUUUUUGUGGGGGGUUGGGUUUGUUGGUUUCACUGAAAAUUUUAACUACCUGUAAAAUCUAAACAUGGCUGUUAGUGUCACACCAAUUCGGGACACAAAAUGGCUAACACUGGAAGUAUGUAGAGAGUUCCAAAGGGGGACUUGCUCACGGCCAGACACGGAAUGUAAAUUUGCACAUCCUUCGAAAAGCUGCCAAGUUGAAAAUGGACGCGUAAUCGCCUGCUUUGAUUCAUUGAAAGGUCGUUGCUCCAGGGAGAACUGCAAAUAUCUGCAUCCACCCCCACACUUAAAAACACAGUUGGAGAUAAAUGGGCGCAAUAACUUGAUUCAGCAGAAGAACAUGGCCAUGUUGGCCCAGCAAAUGCAACUAGCCAAUGCCAUGAUGCCCGGUGCCCCAUUACAACCCGUGAACUUAAUGCACCAAUCAUUCCAAAAAAGAGGGGGGGAUUGCAUUUCGUGGUGGGAGGGAUCUCCAUAUCAGAUCGGCAGUGAUACCAAUUAUCAAUACUGUACAGUUGAGCCAAUGUUUUCAGUUGCACCAAGCUUAGCCACCAAUGCAUCAGCAGCCUUUAAUCCCUACCUGGGACCUGUUUCCCCAAGCCUGGUUCCAGCAGAGAUCUUGCCGACUGCACCCAUGUUGGUUACAGGGAAUCCCGGGGUUCCUGUGCCUGCAGCUGCUGCAGCUGCUGCACAGAAAUUAAUGCGGACAGACAGACUUGAGGUAUGUCGAGAGUACCAGCGUGGCAAUUGCAACAGAGGAGAAAACGAUUGUCGGUUUGCUCAUCCUGCUGACAGCACAAUGAUUGACACCAAUGACAACACAGUCACCGUGUGUAUGGAUUAUAUCAAAGGGAGAUGUUCUCGGGAAAAGUGCAAAUACUUUCACCCUCCCGCACAUCUGCAAGCCAAGAUCAAGGCUGCCCAAUACCAGGUCAACCAGGCUGCAGCAGCACAGGCUGCAGCCACUGCAGCUGCCAUGACUCAGUCGGCUGUCAAAUCACUGAAGCGACCCCUCGAGGCAACCUUUGACCUGGGAAUUCCUCAAGCUGUACUUCCCCCAUUACCAAAGAGGCCUGCUCUUGAAAAAACCAACGGUGCCACCGCAGUCUUUAACACUGGUAUUUUCCAAUACCAACAGGCUCUAGCCAACAUGCAGUUACAACAGCAUACAGCGUUUCUCCCACCAGCUACUUCAUGACACUUUGGUGCUGUAAGACCCCUUUACCUUCACGGUUCCAUAGAGUUAAUUUCAGUGAUAUGAAAGGACACCUUCAGUUUUUACUUUGAUUUUUCAGCCUUUUUGUUUUCAAGGCAGAGAAUAAAAAACUGACUCUGUGUUCUAGAGCUCUUAAAAAGUGCUCUUUUCAAUGCCAAUCAGUACAUUCAUUAAAAUCAUUAUUGCUUCUAAGCUAAUAUUGAAAUAGCCCUAACUGCUCAGUGAAGUUAAUAUUUAUUAUUGAGUUUAUACCUUUGUGGUUUCACUUGAUUUCAACUUAGUCACAUAAACAUACUCUAGAACUAUCCACAAGGGUGUAGAAGUUUUAAAACACAAACUAAUCAGCCAUUUGGUAACCUGGAAAUUUAUUUUAAUUCACUUUUCAUUUACUUCAGAAAAUACAUAUUAAACUCCUUGUAAUCUGAAAUCCAAUUAACCAGAGACCAAUCCCAUUUUCCUCUUUAUCGCUUAACCUUUUCUAAAAAAAAAAAAAAAAAAAAUACCAUGGGUUCUGGUAUUUAUUUAAUAAAAUAAUUUUAUUAGUUUAAUUAAUACAUUUUUGACUAGGUGUGUAUGUCAAAGAUCCUGACGCAUUAGUAUAGUGACAGUAUUGACAGUGCAUGAGGUUCAUUAAUACCACGAGGGAAUGUGAUCAUUUAUUUUUGAAUAAUGAAAAAAAGAAUAAACUAUAUUCAUAUUAGUUUUUAUUGCUAAGCACACCUUUUUAUACAGUGCAUCUUUAAAAACUGUCAUUCAUGUGUAGACUAUGUAGUAGCAUUCAAUGAGCUAGAAUAUUCCAGUAAUUUAAAUAGCCCAUGUAGGCACAUAGGCUAUUUGUAUUUAUGAAAUAGUAUCAAUCAAAUUGCAGUUUGUCCAUUUUCAAAUUAAAAUUAAAUCAUUUUGAUUUAAUCUGUUUUUUUGCAUUCUGAGUUAAAAAUCACAUGCAUUUCUCUUAUGUUUUAUAAUAUUAAAACUUCUUUCUCAACAUUUGUAGUUUUCCAGAGAUUUCCAACAUGUAUGGUUUCUAGAAACUAAUCUUUUUGCUCUUGUAUAAAUUUCCUUGCCCCUAAAUUUACACUGUGUCCAACAAAUAAUCCAUCAAUUUUUCCAUAGUCAGGUCACUAGACAAAGUUUCAAGGAAUUACAGGUAAUUACCAUAAUCUCUUUGAUGAAAUUAAAAUUUUUUUGUCAGUUUAGUUCAUGGAAUAAAACAUUACCAUUAGAAAUGUCAGUGUCCCUAUUUAAAAUCUAAAAAUAAAAACAAAUCUAACUUCUUCCAUAUAUUUAAAGAAACCUAAAAUAAUAUCAAAAGGGUUUUCCAUAGUUUUUCCAACAAUAUUCAAAUAACUAAAGACUUUUCUAAAUAAGCAUAACCAUUAAUUGUAUAGUACGCAUGAUCCUUAUUUAUGACAGCAGUCUUUCUCUAGAAUAGCUUUUCGUCUGUGGAUAGAACAGAACAAAAAGGAUCAAGUUAGAGAAAAACAAUAAACACAUUCAUAAAUCAGAAUCACACUUAUCCCUUAGUUCUACAAACUAAGCAUUGUUAAUUUAAAUAGACUCUGCCAUAAUAUAUUGAAAUAUGCUGAAAAUUUUAAGAUAUAUUUGCAUUUUUAUGAUGAUUAUAUAUCAGAGAUAGUCUGUUCUUGAUAUUUGUAAUCACUCUGAUAAGAAAUUAUUCUAAUAGUGAUAUAAAAUAACAUUUAUUUGUAACCCAGUUUUAAAGGGCUUACGUUGCUGGUUAACCCUUUUAACCACAUAAUCAGAAAUAGGUGUACCGCCUCCAUCAUUUUUUAAAAAGUAUUUUUGUUUACAAUAUGUGCAUGAGUGCACAAAAAUUGACCCUAUAACAUGAAAAGGUUAAAAUGGCUAGCCCGUCCCUACUUCUGCCAUGCCCCUUCAUCACACAGCCAGAAAGGAAAGAAAUCCAGUGCAGAGAAUGUAAACUCAAGUGCCUCAGGGACCAGGCAGGAAACAAACAAACAAGUGAAGCAAGAAAUAAAUUGGGAGCUGUGGGGUGUGGGAGGCACUGGGGAGCUCAGGCCAAAUCUAAAGAGGACCGUCAGUGUUCAGUCUCAGCCUUUUGUAGCCCCAGAGAAAUACCUGCCUGGCAAGUUGUCCUUGGUGUGCACUGCACCCCCUUUGUGGCUCCAUUUACUUCAUAGUCUGUGUGAACCUAGGGUGAUUGUGCAAUCACUGAUGUCCAGUGUUGCCACAUCGUAUGAUUUGUUUCCAGAGAUUCUGGACAUUUGGAUGUUUGUAUCUGAAAUCUCUCGAUUUUUAAAUUUUAUCAACUAAUUCAAUUUUUAAAAAUACACUUUGAGGAAUACAGGCAAUCCAUCCUACCACAAAUUCAUAUGAAAUCUUAUAUCAUCACUGGGAUAAAAAGAAGUUCAUUUUCCAAAGUUUAAGUUAUUCUGGAGACAUACAGCAGAAUUACAUGAUCAGAGCAUCCCAUCUGACCACCAUAUAAUAAUUUGGAAGGUAUAUUCUGAAAUCUUCAUUGGAACUGAGAAGAAGUGGAAGUCAUUUAUUUUUUGCAGCUUAGAAUUUUACAGCCCUAUAGUCUGCUGCUUCAAUAAUAACUUCAGAGAUAUGUAGGAUUGUUACAUUGAAGUUACAGUGAAGCAUGGCUGGCCAAAUCCUUAGAGCAGGUGACUACGUAUACAGACUAGGUUGCUGGCAAAAUAUCAGGGUUCAGUGGCAAGCCAGCCAGCUAGUCUAAGAAAAUCUAUGUACCAUAGCUUUUAAGAACAAAAUUGGAGUUAUGUGACGUCUACCCAUCUAUCCAUCAUCCAUUCACGCAUUCGUCCAUCCUUUUAUCCAUCCAUCCAUCCUUCCAACCAUCUAUCUAAGCUUCACCCUCUCCCUCCCUCCUUCCUCUCUCCAUCCCUCCAUUCUUUCCUGUUUUUCAUCCACCUACCCACAGACCUAUCUGCCGUCCGUCUAUCCAUCCAUCCCUUCAUCCGUCCAUCUUUCCAUUCAUUCAGUCAACAAACAUUUAUUGUAUGCUACAUGAUAUACUAGCGUUUAUACUAGAGAUUGCAACCUUAAGAUGCAAGGGCUAAAUCUAGAAUCCAGAAAUAUUUGUCUAAGAAGGUACAAAUAAAAACAAAAUGUAAAUCUUUUAGAAAGUGUGCAUACUCUUUAGUUCCAAGUCCCAGAACUUCAUAUUGCCUGGGCCAAGUUUUACAUAUUUUGUUUAAAAGAGCCACCUUUUAUUAGUGUUUGCUCUGUGCCAUGCUGCACUGGGUGCUUUAUAUACAAAUCUCAUUUUUUCUCACAACAACUCUAAAAGUUUGGCAUUAGUAUUCCCAUUUUACCAAUAGCAAUUUUGGGCCAAGAGAGGUCUGGUGAUUUGCCCCAAGUUGCACAGCUUAUAAGGUUUAGAUAGAAUAUGAACUCAGGUCAGGUGGACAAGAGUCAGUCUCUUAAUAUCUGUGAGCUCUUUACAUGAUGACUUAAGAAAGAAUUUGGGAGAAUGGGACCGAUGCACUAGCCCUUACUGAUCACCUAACUCCAUGACUGGUGCACACACCCUAUAUCUCAGUUAAAGAUAAAUACAAGUGUUAGGUUAUGUUCACAUUGAAGUUUUUUUUUUUAAUUUUAGAUACAUACUACUUUUUUUACUUUUACCCUUCAAAGCCAAAUUGAUUAUUUGUAUAGAUUAUGCAUAAUCUAUAUGUUGUAAGUACAAAUUUCACCCCCAAAAGUAGGGUGUAUAAGAAAUUUCACUUUUACUUGUAUCAGUUUAUAUUCCCGAUUUAUAGUAAGUCCCACUCUAAACUCUAAUCUCACUGCAUUGGACAGAAAUAUUAAGUGUUACUGGGAUUCCAGGACCCCAUCCUUACAUUUCUUCCUCCUCAAGGAGAGGCCCUGUGCAGUCCAGUCAUCUCAGGUAACCCAUUCUCCAGUCUUCAGUCACCACUGGUCACCUCUAAUGUACUCACUGUCCAUGCUUACAAGGUUUCUUGAAGGCCGGUGCUCCAGGGUGUAUACGCCUGCCUUGGGUCCGAGCAUCCUUGCCUAAGCCGCCCAGCCUGACAUGGAGCCCAUUCUCUUGAAAGCUUGCCACCUGCAGGGCUGUUGUGAAAGAACAGGCUACCUGCCUAACUACUUGUGGACCCUGCAGUCUGCCUUCCUCCUCAGUCUUGAAUUUUUUUUUUUUUUAAGAUUUAAUAGGCCUUCUCAGAUUCUUUAUUUUAUUUUAUUUUUUGAUUAA